UGUAAUGUCAAGUUCAAGCAAGAGGUCCUGCUCAGUCCCACCAUCAUUGUUAAUCACAGCGGAUUAUAGAGAUGAACAUGGCUGGGUUCUUGAGCGAGAUUACUUCGACCAGGACGCUCGGCCGGUGCGUCCGGCCGACGAGCCUACUCCGGACAAUCCCUUCCACCCCACUCGCCUUCCGAUACUACUCCUCGACGCCCCUAGAGACCGUCCCUUUGGCCUUCCACCACGUUCCCGCUGAAGGGGCUGAUGUCAAGAAAGACCAGAGCCUGGUCAUCUGUCACGGACUCUUCGGGUCGAAGCAGAAUUGGAGGACGCUGAGUAAAGCCUUGGCGCAAAAGUUACGGAUGCAGGUUUUCGUAUUGGACUUGCGGAAUCAUGGGACAUCACCGCACAAGGCUCCUAAUGAUUACGAACAUAUGGCUGCCGAUGUCUCUAGGUUCUUGAAAGACCAAGGACUAAACAGCGGGGUGAAUCUUUUGGGUCACAGCAUGGGAGGCAAGGUCGUCAUGUCCGUAGCGCUGAACAAGGAAUACAACUCUCCACUCCGGACGUUGAUCAGUGCGGAUAUGGCUGCGGCUAGGGGCAAGAUAUCCAAAGAGUUCAUAGAAUACGCUUAUGCUAUGCAGAGGAUCGAGGAGGCGGGUGUGAAGAGCAAGUCGGCCGCGGACAAGUUGUUGGCCGAGGUCGAGCCGGAACUCUCCAUCCGCCAAUUCCUCCUGACAAACAGCUUUAUCGACCCCGAGACCAAGACCCUUAAAUUCCGAAUCCCUCUUGACAUCCUCUCCACCUCCAUACCCGCUAUCGGCCACUUUCCCUACGCCCCUGGUGAAGCCACAUGGGAAGGCCCGGCACUGUUCGUCAAGGGGGCCAAGGCGAGGUACAUUACCGAACGCAACGAACCGAUCACUCGAGGGUUUUUCCCGAACAUGCGCUUGGAGACGUUUGAUACGGGCCAUUGGGUGCAUGCGGAGAAGCCUGAACAGUUUAUAGGGCUCGUCAAGGAGUUUGUCGAGGCUCAGAAGUAGGUUUGGGGGAUGUAUCGACCUUGUCAAUCGUCGCAUAAAUGCAUAGAUCAUGUUGUGAAGAUCGAUCCCUGCCGCGAUGACGAAUUCCGAGAUUCGGGCGCUUGUUCCGAGAUCCGAGAAUAGGUCGAUGCACCGCGACCGACCUACCCUUGAACUCGUAUAUAUACCUCGAAGA